AUGGAAGUUAAGAAAGUAAUGCUCGUAAUAGCUAUAACCAUGGCUCUAUCCAUCACUAUCACCCUGAAGACCUUCGUAAAGUCAAAAGAGACAACAACGUCAGGUGUCGUCGAAGAUUCGACGACGACAUUGUUGCCAUCAAGAAGCUUGAGUCGUUUUCUAGCCGAGGAGGUGAAGAACCCUAGAGCGGCGAGCCAUUGCCACAAGAACAAGAAGAUGUGCGAGAAAAUGCAUGGAAAAGGGUGGGAAUGUUGCAACAACAAGUGCGUGGAUGUGAUGCAUGACAAGCACAAUUGUGGUGGAUGCAAGAAGAAAUGUAAGUACACGGGGGAGUGUUGUCGAGGGCAGUGCGUUGAUGUGGCGUAUGACAAGCGGCAUUGCGGGCAAUGCAACAACCGCUGCAAGCCGGGGAAGUUUUGUGUAUAUGGCAUGUGUGAGUAUGCAUGA